AAACUGGUCAAAUCUUAUAAUCAUUCUCGACAUGGUAGUAUUGGAAUGAUACUGGUAGAUGUGAAUAAAAGUAACGAGAAUAUUGUGUGGCAAACACUCUACGGGAAGGAGUCGAAAAAAUCAAUCCAGUUUAAGUUUAACAUUGGCGACCAAGUCCGGAUUAGCAAAGCAAAGCGAACAUUUAAGAAAGGAUACUUGCCCAAUUGGACUGAAGAAGUGUACACGGUAACGAAACGCGUGCCUCGACGACCGCCUGUUUACAAGAUUGCAGAUUAUGACGGUGAAGAACUGGAAGGAACAUUUUACGAACAGGAACUUCAGAAAGUCAACAAAUCAGACAGUGACUAUUAUAGAGUAGAAAAAGUAAUAACAUCACGCAUGCGUAAUAAACGUAAAGAGUAUUAUGUAAAAUAUUUGGGUUACCCUGACAAGUUUAAUCCUUGGGUACCAGCAGAGAGUGUAAAAGAUCUGAAAUAA